GGAAAGAAAACAAAACAUGGACGACGCUGGACUGGAUGCCAUCAGACAGAAGCGCAUGGCUGAGAUGCAAGCUCAGGGUGGCGGUGGUGCUGGCGGUGGUGGUGCUGGUGAACAGGCGGAGAAACAAGCCAGGCAGCAAGAGAUGAAAAACAACCUUCUUACUGCAAUACUGGAUCAGAAAGCUCGGGCCAGAUUAAACACGAUAGCUCAAGUGAAGCCAGAACGUGCGCAGAAGGUGGAGAUGAUGCUGAUUAACAUGCAUCAGCGGAGGCAGAUAAUGGGACAAGUCGGCGAGGCUGAGCUUAUCAAAAUGCUUGAGGAGAUAAGCAAGACAGAACCCAAAGGCUCCAAAGUUAACUUUGACCGACGUAGGGUCACCUUAGAUUCGGACUCGGAUUAACUUUAUACGGAAUUAGUCCCCAACGUUUGGGGUUGGUUUGGUGGGGUAUUUGAUCUUUUCAAUCUAUUUGAUCGUGAAUAAAGGAGACUCUUUUUCUCUAGACAUUUUUAUAACUAA